AUGGAUUUUACUCCGGCACGGGAUACAAGUAUGACAACUGGCCUUGACCAACCUCAAGGUCAAGCGAAACGAGUAUCGAGUGAACGGCAAAUGAUUGCAAAAUUGGAUCCAGCUGAAUUGCAAGAUCGUUAUUUGCGUUUAUAUGAUGACCAUUUAGUUCUUAAACAACAUGCGCGCAAGCAGGAGGAUAAAAUUAAAAAAUUAGCGACCACUUUAGCCAAAGUUAUCGAGGAUAAAAAGAAAAGUGAAGCUGUUCCAUUUGGUGCUAAAGCAACUAUUCGUGAUUCGGAAAUCGAAAAUCAACUCGCUGAAUAUCGAAAUAAGAUCUCCGAAUUACGCGAACAAAAUAAAUUCUUGAAACAGCGCUUGGCUGUUGCUCAACAACAAGCACAGGCCACGCAAUUGAAAAAAUCAAGUUCAGCCUACGAUGGCGUGUCAUCAAGAAUUGACACAGGCCAACCGAAACGAAUACCAUCACCGUUACUUCACAAUAUCCGUGUUGUUGGCCCACGGGAUUCCUUCAGAACAUCUGGAACUACUCCACGAGUAAAUAGUGGAUUGUUAGAAGAGGCUCAAGCGACCAAUAAACAAUUAAAUGAAUCAUUGGAAAAAGCUCAUCAACAAUUAAACUCGUAUGAACAGCAAGUCGAAAAUCUUCGUCAACAGUUAUCACGACGUGAUAAUGAUCAUGAGCAAAAUCUCUUACGUUUACGAUCACAAGCAACAGGCGGUGAUUCGCGCGUGAAUUUACAAGAAAACAUCGAUAUGAUUCGCUUACAAAGAGAUCUACGUGAUAAAUCGGAUGAAUUACGACGUUUACAAACUCAAUGUACAAAUUUUGAAUCGCAAAAUCGCUCAUUACAAGUAACCAAUGCUGAACUAUUGAAAGAAAUCGAUCGUCUCGAUCGACAAAUCAAAGACGAACAACAACGAGCAUUACAACUACGAAAUGAAUUAAGAAAUGGUUCACGUUCUAAUACAAUUGUUCACGAGCUCAAUUUACAAAUUGAAGAUUUUCGUCGGGAAUGCGAAGCGCUGAAAGAAGCGAAUAGAAAAAUUGUCGAUUCCGCAUUCAACAGCGAUCGUGAACGAGAAUUUCGUGAAAAAGAACGCGCGUUAAGAUUGCAAAUAGCUCAACUUGAAGCAACAAUCAAAGCGGAUCUAGGCGAACGAGGGAAUCUUUUGGAUAGAUUAACAUUAGAGAAAAAUUCAAAUCAACGCACGGAUGAAGAACAUCGAACAAUGCAUUUGAAAUAUUUAGAAAUGAAAGAGAAAUACGAUGAUCUGGCUGAAAAAAUGCGAUUCUUCGAACGCGAAGGAGAUAUCAAUAUGAGAGAAAUUGAAGAAGCUUUGAUCAUACUACGGCAACGUAAACAACGGCAAGAACCGAAUUUCGAUUUUCUUCAAAAAGUUGAUGAUGAAAAAGGACAAAAUCUGAACCGGCGAAUACUUGAAUUAGAAAGCCAAUUAGCUGAAACAACCAAUGAACUAGAAAAGACUCGUAAUUUACUACUUAUGCAAUACAAAAUUAAUCGCGAUUAUAAACUUGAAGUCGAUUGUGUUCAAAGAAAAAUGGAAGAAAAUCAAGCAGAACAUUCAGCACGUGUGCUUGAAAGUGGUCAACUAUUGGACAUUCGUGCUGAACGUAUUCGAAAAUUGGAGAAAUCGUUGAAAGACGUUGCUUAUGGUACUCGUCAAUACCGUGUCCAAGAACAACCAGCUGCCGAUGGUAAUCUAACAAAUGAACUGAUCGAAGAUGCGAUUGAACUUGAACGCGGUCAAAAUCUUAUCGAAAUUCAUAUCAGUCGCGCAUCAUUUAACGAACGUGCCUUGGAAUAUUUUGGUAAAAAUAAUGAGCCAUCAACAUUCUGUUCGAUUGAAUUCUUUGAACACGAAUUACAAAUGACGCCAAUUAUCAAAGGACGAACACCUGAAUACAAUUUUACCGCACAAUAUAUUGUCAAUGUGGAUGAUUUUCUACUAUAUUACUUACAGAAAGAAUAUACACUCAUUGAACUUCAUCAAACCGUGGGUCAAUCAUUUCAGACAGUCGCUGCAUGUAAACUUGGCCUAAAAGAACUCAUCGAAGGUAAUCAAGGGCGCUUACAUGGAACAGCAAAGUUAAUAGCAUCGCAUCAGAACAAUCUAGAUAUUGGUGCAUUUGGUGUGGUAGAAUACUGGGUUCGGUUACGUGUACCUAUGGAGCAAGCUUUCCGCUUAUUGAAGGAGAAAAUGAAAGCACAAGGUUAUCUUGCGACAACAAGUCGUCAAUCAACAAAAACAUCGAAUGAUAUCGAACAACGACAUGAUCUUGAUCCGAAUAUGAACGAAUUAACAAUUGCUAUUCUAAACUGUUCAAAUGUCAAAUCAGCGACUUCUGAUCAUCAGCCUGAUCUUUACUGUGUAUACAAAUUCUACGAUUUUCUCGAUCAUGAUACAAUAACGAUUCCGUCAUCGAACAAUCCAAACUUUGAUGAUCGUACACAGUACCCUGUUCAAAUGGACAUCGAUCUCGACCGUUAUCUCAAACAGUCUCAAUUAACAAUAUUUGUUUUUGACGAUCGGGAUCAAAAGGACGAUCGUUAUGUCGCACGCGCUGAUAUACCAUUGAUAUCAUUGGCACAUGAUAAUGCAAUUCGAGGUACAUUUGAUUUGCAUAAUGAUCAGGGAGAGAGAAAUGGUACAAUGGAUGUGUCACUCAAAUGGACAUAUACGUAUUUACCACCCUCAAUAUCGACACGUACGCCCGGUCAGCGUUCAAAAGGUGAACCAGCAAAUCAUCGCGAACCACUAGCUUUGUUACCAGAUGAAAGCGUGUCUGGACAUAAAACAUUAGCAGAAAAGCAAAAGGAAAUGAGAGUGAAGUUAAAACCUCAAGAUGUGUUGGGAUCUGAUAGUGAUCAGAAGCCAAAACGAGAUUCACCAGUAAGCAGUUCUGGUAUACCAGCGUCCAGCGUUUCGCGACCUGUACGAGACACAAAUCAAAAUGGACAUCGUCAUCCUCGAACUGCAUCAAAUGCAAGUACAGACAGUAAACGAGUUAGUUUUGGUCAUCACGACGAAACUCCAUCAACUCAUCCUCCCAAUGCGGAACAAUCAAUUGAAGAUGAAACAAACCAUACAAUGACACCUGAAUCGUCUGACAUUGAUCCUGAUCCGACAAAAUCAACACGUUAUGUAGAUGAAUCUGAUCCUGAUAUCAUUUAUCGCAGUACCACAUCUGCUAAUUCGACUAAACAAGAUGAUGUUGUAACUAUCGGAGUACAUCAUCUCGUGUUGAACGAAAAUUGUUCGAUUUUUGAUGAUGAUCAACGCGACAAAGUUUUCGUCAGCGUCGAAUUUUCGAAUGACAGAGAGGCAUUAGACACGCCAUUAUCACUAAUCAAAGGCGAACCGAAUUCCAAAUAUAAUUUCGGCUUUCAAACAGGAUAUUCUAUACGGGAUAAGAAGAAGCGUCAACAACUUGCAGAAUUGGUUGGACCGCAAACAUCGGGAGAUAUUCGAUUUAUUGUCGUUGCUGAGCCACCUGAUGACAUAGAAGGCGCUGAAUGUGUUGAUCUAGGCGUUGCAACAGUUAAUGCGAAAGAGAUAUUACGCACAGAAAAGGAUAUUAUCGAAAAAAAUAUCUCUGGUAAACAAGAAUUUUCUUUUAUUCGAUUUAUUGUCGUUGCUGAGCCACCUGAUGACAUAGAAGGCGCUGAAUGUGUUGAUCUAGGCGUUGCAACAGUUAAUGCGAAAGAGAUAUUACGCACAGAAAAGGAUAUUAUCGAAAAAAAUAUCUCUGUACAUGACAUAAACGAACAUAAUCAAAUCAUUGGACAAAUGAAUGUAACAGUAUCAAUGGUUAAUGCCUUACAAAAAGUACAGCAAGAAGAGCAAACUAAUCGUCGCAUUCAUACGUAA